AUGGCAGCGGGGUUCCGCCGGCGGCUCGCCUGCCUCACCGCCCCCAGGGCCUCCUCCUACCUCCGCCGCACGCGCCACAAGAAGCUCUCCUACGCCCGCGCCCGCUCCGCCAGCCUCCCCGGCCGCUUCCACCCGGUCGUCGCCGGCCUGCACGACACGGCCAACGAGGUGCUCGGGUGGACCGAGGCACCGGCGCAGGCUGGCACGGAGUGGAUCGGUGACGGUGUGGGACACCUCGGCCGGCUCCUGGCCGGCCUCACCGACCUGCUCCACCACCCGCAGGCGCAGGACCCGCUCCGGCACUCGCGGCGGCCGGGCGGCAAGGCGGCCGCGCCGUGGGCGGAGCGGCUGCUGGACGACCUCCUCCUCCUCGCCGACUCCCACGGCUGCUUCCGCGAGGCGCUGCUGUCCCUGAAGCAGCUGCUCGCCGAGGCCCACGCCGCGGUCCGCCGACGCGACGCGGCGCGCCUCGCAGCCGCUCUGCGCGCGCGCCGCCAGUCCGACCGCGACAUCUCCCGCCUCGCCUCCACAUUGCGGGCUCUCUCCCACCGUUCUUGCUCCUCCGCCGCGUCGACGUCCGACUCCGGCGAGGCCGCGCUCGCCGAAGCCGUUGCGGCCGCGACCUGCGCCGCGGCGGCCGCGUCCGCAGCCAUCUUCGCCGGGCUCGCCUCCGCCUCCGCCUCCUCCGCAUCGCGCGCAUUGACGUCCCCGACGUCGGCCUCUUCUCCCGCGAAGGCCGCGCCGGUGUGGUGGUCCUCCGGAUCGCCCCGUGGCACCAAGGAGACACCUCCGGAAGAAUGCUGCGACGAGGAGGAGGACGAGAAGAGAGCGGCCAUGGAACGGCUGCGGGGCCUCGAGGAGUGCGUCGUGGCCGCCGAGGACGGCUGCGAGCAGGUGUACCGCGCGCUCGUGAACGCGCGGGUGUCUCUGCUCAACGUCCUCACGCCCUGCUUUUGA